AUGGGUAGAUUAAUAGGAUUAGAGCUAUUCAAUUUCAAGUCUUAUAAAGGCAAAUCCAUUAUUGGGUUUGGUUCCUCGUAUUUUACUUCAAUCAUAGGACCCAAUGGAGCUGGUAAAUCAAAUAUGAUGGAUGCAAUUUCGUUUGUUUUAGGGGUUAAUUCCUAUCAUCUAAGAUCUCAAAACUUGAAGGAUUUGAUAUACAGAGGAAGAAGAAAUGUUGACACUGACAAUACUACGUUAGACGCGAUUGAGCAAGAUCCCACUAGUGCCUAUGUUAUGGCGACAUACGAAAAGGAUAAUGGAGAAAUAUUGAAGCUAAAGAGAACUAUUACAGCUUCUGGCAAUAGUGAUUAUCAAAUAAAUGGCCAAUCAGUGACAAUGUUGAAUUAUAGUAUGGUUUUAAAACAGGAAAACAUUUUGAUUAAAGCAAGAAAUUUUCUUGUUUUCCAAGGUGAUGUAGAAACAAUUGCAUCACAAAAUCCAAAAGAUUUGACCAAAUUGAUUGAGACUAUAAGUGGUUCAAACGAAUACAUAAGUGAAUAUGAAAAAUUGAAAGAAGAACAAGAAAAGGCUCACGAAUUAACUACUUCAGUUUUCUCAAGAAAGAGAACCCUUAAUUCCGAGUCCAAGCAAUAUAAAGAACAAAUGGCCGAGCAACGUCAGUUUGAAGAGAAAAUCAUUACCAAGAAUGAUACCAUAAAGAAAAUCAAUUUGUAUAAACUUUUCCAUAAUGAAAAGAAACACAAUCAAUUAAAAGAUGAAAUUAAAUCAAAGAAUGAGGAAUUGAAACUUGCCAAGAAAGAAUUAUCGAAUAAGGAGAAAACAUAUAAAUCCAUAAUGGCAGAUUAUUCAAGCAGUGUUUUGAAUGCCAAAAAGCAAAAACAACAAACAGAGACUGCUCAACAGAAAAUUGACUCUACAAAGCGUGAAUUAAUUCCAGUUGAAGCUAACCAGAGAUCAUUAUCAAAUAAAAUUAAUUUCCACAAAGUUAAGGUUGAUGACUUGAAAAAGGAUAUCGCAAGACAGAAAACGCUAGUCUCUUCUGUGGAAAGACAAUUGCGAGAUGCUCAAAGAAUGUUUGAUGAUUUUCAAACAAAAAUAGCUGCUGCUGUUGCAUCAUCUACUAAUAUUUCUCCAGAGGGCCAAAAAGAGUAUGAAGAGUUGAGGUCUAAAUUUUUAGCAGAUAAUGGCUCAGAAUUAGAAGAACAGAUUUCUUUGUUGUUAAACAGCAAGGACAGUUUGAACUCGGCAAAGUCUAACCUUGAGAACCAGAAAGCCAACGCUCAAAAUAGAAUUGCUGAAUUGGAAUCCAUCGUAGCCACUGACUUGAAAUCAAAAUUACAUGACGUUUCGAAUGAAAUUAAUGAAGUGCUUGACAAAAAAAGUAGCAAAGUCGAAGCCCGAAAUGCCCUUAUUAAGCAAAAAGAUGAGUUCAACCACGAGGAACUAAAAUUAAACACAAGGUUGAGAGAUGUAUUGGUUCAGCUUGACGAACUAGCUUCCCAACAAAGAGAAUCAAACAAACAGAAAAAGUUGAGAGAGAAUGUAGCUACAUUGAAGAGACUUUUCCCACAAGGUGCUAUUAAAGGUCUUGUAUACGAGUUAGUUCGUCCUACUCAGCAAAAGUAUGAAUCUGCGUUGGCAACGUUGUUAGGAGCAAACUUUGAUAGUAUCAUUGUUGAAUCUUCUGCAGUCGCGUACAAAUGUAUUGAUAUUUUGAAGGAAAGAAGGGCUGGUGUUGCUACAUUCAUUCCCUUGGAUUCCAUAGAAACUGAUAUUAUCAAUUUGAGUCACCUCAGAUCUAUCCAUCCUUCUGCCUUGCCUGGUGUAGAUAUUAUCGAAUACCAAGACAAAUCUUUAGAGCCGGCCGUUAAUUAUAUUAUUGGGAAUACGGUGGUUGUCGAUUCCAUUGACACAGCAAGAAAUUUGAAGUGGCAAUCCAAUACCCGAUUUGAAAAUAGGAUUGUAACAUUGCAAGGAUCAGUGAUCCAUAAGUCUGGUCUAAUGACUGGUGGUCAACAGCAACAGAAGUCAUCGGCAAGCUUAAGUUGGAGUAAGCAAGAGUGGACUAAACUAAACGAAUUGAAAGAGGAGUUGAACCAAAAAAUCUUUAAAUUACAAGAAAAAAGACCAAAGGAUUUAGCGAUCAAUUUGCUAGCAGAAGAAAUCGGUUCUCUAGAUGAUAAGUUGCCCGUGUUGCGUAAUCAAAAGACUAGUAUUGAACGAAUUAUUAAAGAUAGAGAAUCUGAAAUUGAAUUUCAAACUGGGUUGUUCAAAGGGUUUGACAAGUCCAUACAAGAGAAGAUGAAUGAAAUAACUAAGCUAAAUGAGAAAAUAGAAAAAAUUAACGAAGAAAUGAAAUCAAGCAAGGAAUCGAUAUUUGCCGAGUUUUGUGAAAAAUACGGUUUUACUAAUGGUAUUGAAGAUUACGAGAAUAUGCAUGGAAGCACAUUAAGAGUGAGAGCAAAAGAAAGAGCACAAUUUUCCAAAACUAUUUCUGUUUUGCAAAGCAAAUUGGAUUUUGAAAAAGAAAGAUUGAAAGAAACCAAAGACAGAAGGAAAAAUAUAGAAAGUUUGGUUGUCGAUUUGGAAAAUGAUUUAGCAAACGUAUUAACAGAAAAGAAGAAACUAGAGGAAAUUUUGGAUAAAGCAGAGGCCGAGUAUGAAGUUUUACAAGUGGAAAUAUCUAAAUUUGAUGAUCUGAUACAAUCACAAUUGAGAACAUCGAAAUCUAUUGAAAGCGACCUUGACGAUAGCAGACAGUUAGUUUCCGCUUUGGUUAAGGAAAUUACCCAAAUAGAAGAAAACUUGUUAAAGACUGAUUCCGAAAGAGCAAACGUUUUGAGAAAUUGCAAAAUUCAAAACAUUAACUUGCCAUUGAUUGAUGGAGACUUGGACAGCAUUUCAAUAGGUGAAAACUUAGAAAGCUCCAUUAAGGAAGUUUAUAAAAUAGAUCUCGACUAUGACAUGCUUGAGGAGAAAUUUAAGGAAGUUUUCACAAAUAAACUAGAGAGUGAAUUAGAAGUCACGUUACAAAAUACCAUUAGUGACUUGGAAAAAUUGACACCUAAUGCUAAAGCCGUGGAAAGAUUGCAAGAAGUUGAAACUAAGUUACAAGAUUACGAUAAAGAAUAUAAUGUUGCCAGACAGAAAGAGAGACAAGUCAGUGAGCGUUUCAAACGAGUACAAGAAAAACGUUAUGAUAAAUUUAUGGAUGCGUUUAAUCACAUUUCUGGUAGUAUUGAUUCAAUCUACAAAGAGUUAACCAAAUCUGCCAUGUCGCCAUUAGGAGGGUCAGCGUAUUUGACCUUGGAGGAUGAAGAUCUGCCAUUUUUGUCUGGUAUAAAAUACCACGCUAUGCCACCCAUGAAAAGAUUUAGAGAUAUGGAAUUGUUAUCUGGAGGUGAGAAAACUAUGGCAGCGUUAGCACUUUUGUUUGCUAUUCAUUCUUAUCAACCUUCACCGUUCUUCGUCCUUGAUGAAAUAGAUGCCGCUUUAGAUAAUGCCAAUGUAGCUAGAAUUGGAAAUUAUAUUAAAAAAUAUGCUGGGCCCAAUUUUCAGUUUAUUGUAAUUUCUUUAAAGAAUUCGUUAUUUGAAAAAUCAGAUGCGUUAGUGGGUAUUUAUCGUGAACAAAGAGAAAACAGUUCCAAGACUGUUACUUUGGAUCUUAGAGAAUAUCCUGACGAAGAUAUUGCUUUAAGCACAGUCACCGCUACUACAUAA